AUGUCGUCGCCUUCUCAUCUUAAGCACCAGAAAACCACCUAUGAAGACUAUGGUGCCUUUUAUUGUCCGUCGGGGCCUAGCCGUUUGGAACCCCUUGGCCUGCCUAAAGGCGAAAUCAAACUGCGAGGGAAGUGUGGCUGCUCCGAGACCAACAAACUCAUUGAAAGGUCUGAUGACGUUACCUCGGCAACCCCCAAGUCCAUUGAGCGCCCGUUAGCGUCUGCCCUAGCAAAGAACAUUGAUCAGGUCGAACUCCAUUUAAAGAACAAAGAGUCCGUCAAACUGGAUGUGCGCAAGCAGUGA